UACAAGUAAGAACGUUGUCCGAUGCGAAUGCUUGCUUAUCGGGACGAUAAUCGGCGGGAUGAUACUCGUCCGCGUAUCAAAUCGCGCCGCUUUGUCACUUUUCGCGCCGGCGUUACGACGCAACACGGCGGCGCGGCCGCAGUACGCUCGCCUAGAGAAUUUUUCAGCCCGACGACUGGCAACCUGGAUAUCGAUUGUCAUUAUUUAUAUCGUACGUUUCCUCUUCAGUCAUCGAUUCACUUUUUACAUUUUACAUUUUUACAGUAAUGAGAGAGUUAAGUUUUUCCCACGGGCGUAUGGUACUCUAAGUUAGCCCCCACAUGUGUGAUCAUAGGUGUUGUUGAAGGGAGUCGAGUGUGUGAAGAGAAUGACGGAUAGCCAGCAGCAGUUUUGCUUGCGGUGGAAUAACUUUCAGGCGAACAUCACGAGCCAGUUCGAGGCGCUGCGAGAUGACGAGGACUUCGUCGACGUUACCUUCGCGUGCGACGGCAGGCGGCUCCAGGCGCACAAGGUCGUCCUUUCAGCGUGCAGCCCUUACUUCAAGGAGUUGUUCAAGACCAAUCCUUGCAAGCACCCGAUAAUUUUUAUGCGGGAUGUAGAGUUCGAACAUCUACAAUCGCUGUUGGAAUUUAUGUACGCCGGAGAGGUAAAUAUCUCGCAAGCCGAAUUACCUACAUUUCUGCGUACCGCUGAAUCUCUUCAAAUUCGUGGCCUCACCGACUCUCAAAAUAAUCAGCACAACAACGAAAAGCAUUUGAAGACAAACAACAUCCACGCAUCGAAUGGCCGUGGUCUGAUCUCGCCAAGCUUUGACGACGAACGCAGUAAAACUCCACCACCUUCGAGCCCUCCACCACUGAAAAGGCUGUGUAAAAAAAGUGAUUCACCUCCAAUUUCUAGUCCAGCACCCACUGUGCCGCCUUGUGCUACCAGUACACCUCGCUCGCGCCCACUUAUCGAGCCUCAAGUUCAGCUUGAUUGUUACAAAGAUCUCGAUGUUGUUGAGCCAAAAAUAGAAUUACCCGAAUAUGGCAGUGACGAUGAUUGCUCACCUAAACAGGACGUUAAUACAUUGCCCAGUGGAUUUCUCAGCCUGGAUGGUGGUAUGGAAGUGUUACCAUCUUACCCACCAUCUUAUCAAGGAAGCAACGUGGAAGGAGGAAUGCCAGGUCCAUCGCACGGGAGUACAGAGUUGAAUCAGGAGCAGCAAGCUGACCUGCGUAAACUGCACUCGCUGGACCCACGCCCCUGUCCUGUGUGCAACCGCAUGUACAGUAACUUGUCCAACCUGCGGCAGCACAUGCGCCUCAUCCACAACCCUCAGAGUGUCACUUGCCCUCUAUGUAACAAGCCAUUCAAGACCAAGCUGUACCUGAAGCGUCACCUGGUCAGUUUCCACGAACUCAGUGUGGCAGACAGGCAACGUCAGGAAGAGAUCUACCAGCAUCAAGUUAAGGUUCAGGUCCAGGGACAGGGACAGACGCAGGUUCAGGGAGGAGCUCAGGCUCAAACUCAAACACAAGUUCAGGCUCAAACACAAGCUCAGAUCCAAGCUCAGACUCAGGUGGAGAAUAAGGUGCUUUUAGCGGCUCCUGCCCCACCUGUUCGGGUCACCACCGCCGAGGAAGGUGGGGGGAGCACCGUGGAACCAAAGCUCAGAUCGUAUCAGGCACAAGCUGGCGAUAAUGCUUAUUCGGUAGAGGUGGCGCAAAUUGGUGAUUCGAAGCACUUUGCUAGUGGGAUGUUGCAAUUCGAUGCUCCGUAUCACUAAUAUACAGGAUUUAUUUAUUUUUUAAUCUAUCGCCCAGUAUCAUUUUGUGAUAUAGUAUCGAAUCAAGUUUAUCUUUAUUGUUUAGUGAACUUGUGAUUCAAUAGGAAACGUAUCUUCGUAGUUGUCCGACGACGAGUAGGUAGGAAUAACGUUACGACACAAGGCUGAUUCCGUAUUUAAUAAUCAGAUCCUGUGCAAGGGAAGAAAAAUGGGGGGGGGGGCAGCACGGAUGUAUAAUUUAUGAUUUUAAAUCGUUUGAACGUGUGUACGCAAUUCUCUCGUCACACGAUACCAAGUGUCACACGAGUGGAGAACAAGAAGUCAGAAAUCCGAUUUACGGUCGCGCACUUCAUUGUUUUCGUCCGUAACAAGACGCCUAUACAGAUCAUUCGAAUGAUCAUUCAUUCAUGAUGAUCGACAGUGUAUAUAGGUUUGGGAGACUAGUUUACGUAUAAAGUCCCGUGCCUAUUCAUCGCAAAGAUGAACGCUGAUGAGGGAGAGAAACGACUAAAAUGCCGAUGGUGGAGCAGCCAUCCCACCUCGUACUGAUAAUUCUGCAGCCGGAUACUUGUUGUUUUAUUUAAUGCUAUACAGUGUUAUACAGACUACAGAUAUUUACAACAAUAUUAUAUUCUUACAGAGGAUUAUAUUUACUUUAUUAUUGCAACGCAAUGUGCAAUGACAUAGCUCGUACAUGAUAUAUUUUUCACAUGCAUACAUUGCAAUAUACAGCCAAUUGACAGCUCAACAGAGUAAUAAUAUUUAUUAUUAACAGUUAUCAACAAACCGUGAUCGCAAUAAUGCAGCAGAUUGAAUUUAACAAUAUAUAAUAAGAAGGCAGUGUCUCUGCUGGUUUCCUAUCUCUCUCAGCAUGCCUUUAGCGGAAUUUAUCUCUUCGAGUAUUCUAUCUCUUUCAGUAU